AUGGCGGAUGUAACGAGUAACGAACGUGGUCGACUCGCGAACGACAGAACCAGAGCCAUUCUACCCACGCAAAUGCCAAACGAGGCUCUUAGCAGGUCUGGACUACACCGAGCCUCGCGACGACCUGGCGAUGAAGAGAGUGGAAAGGCUGUGAGAAGCCGGAGUCGAUUGCCGAGUGCAAAUGUAUCAAGGACAGGAUUUCCAGACGCAACAGAGCCAACGCCGGCGAAUGAAGCACGAAUAGCAGAUGCACGUCAGCCACGAUUCUGGAAAAGGCCUAACUUUGUUGCUCUAUUUCGAGGCCUUUGGCCUCGGCCCAGAAACAUAUCGUCUGUGGAGGAGAUCAACCAGCAGAAGAUAGAGAUAGUUGACGAGUUCCCCAACGGAUAUCCUCGAUUCGCUGCUUAUCUAGCCAGUGAUGUAUCAUUCAUGCAGUUCCGACGAUUCAGGCGAUUGUCCGCCCGCGAUAUCCUCCAACAGCAGACAAAUUUAUCUCGAUUGCAGAAGGAACUAGACGCAUUGGACGCCGAAUACUCGCGCGACAAUGCCAAGAGAAAAAUUCUUAAAGGCUGGAAUGAUGGUGCAGGCUCAGACAACGAGGCACAGGCGAAUUUGAUGAAGGAAAUAAAGUGCGCUUUAGUAGAAUAUAGGCAAACAGUUCUUGGUGUGAAAAAUAUGGAGCAAUUGGAUACUACAGCUGAAGAAGACUUCCACUCUCUUUAUAACUGCCUAACCUACCAGAACUCCCUAACCGAAGCCUCGGGGAGCAGAGAUUUCCUUUUGCACCCAGAAGACUUCGUCUCCUUGAGUCGAAAGCAGAAGGACAAAACGUUCGAGGAUCUAGCUGUAUGGCUUCUUGAUCGAGGUCCAAUGUGGUUCAGAAAGAUAUUUCUCCAGACCUGUGAGAGAGAGAACGAAAAGCAUACUUCUUACUAUGAUCACCGCCGCCUCAGCCACGCAAGAAAACUCUUAAGCUGUUUCUUGGUAACAACCAUCAUUCUUGGUCCGAUCUAUAUCUUGUUCCUGUACUCACAUUGGAGCAAGGGCACAAUGGUAACCAUAUUUUCUGUAUUCAUUGGGUUAUUCGUGUCGAUGAUGUUUUACCUAACAAGCGCACUGGCACACGAGGUUUUCGUAGGAGCAGCGACAUAUGGUACUGUACUUCUGAUCUUCUUGAGCAACACGAUGCAGGGAGGUUACCUGAUAAGCAGUGAAGGCGGUAAUGCUACGGCAAGUUGA